AUGGCUGAAAGCGAAACCAAUAAAGUUUUAAGUAUUUUAAAAGCGAAUAAGAAAUCGUUAAUUAAUAAUAGCAUUCCUCUAAUUUGUUGCACUUCUGAUCAAUUUUACCAUUCCAUACAAGAUAUUAAAAAUGAAAUUAAAUGCAGCGGUUUUUCUGUCAUAGAAAUUUGGGAUUCUGAUAUUAUAACGCUCAAGACUAUCUCUCAAGUCCUAAGGAUAAUUCAAUCCCAUAUUCGUUCUGAUUAUGAUGGUGUUGUCAGUGAAUUAGACUCGAAAUAUUCUAGCUGGAAAAUUUUUAAGGAAAAGUAUCAAGGUAUAUCAAAAGAAGUGGCUAUCUCCCCUCAUACCGAUAGAAUAUUUCUUGAAGGUAUGUUUCCAGUCAAGACUACAAUGGUAAAAAUAUCCUCCCCCAAAAUGCUUUUGCUCCAACCCAUUGAAUACGAUGCUGAUGGUGGUGAAAUUGUAUUUUUUGGCGGCAAGAAAGUACUGGAAUCAAUUUUGGCAGAAUGA